AGGUGCCAUAAAGAUGGCGGAGUCGGAGGAGGAGGUGGACGUCUUGGUCCAGAGAGUUGUCAAAGACAUCACCAACGCUUUCAAGAGAAACCCCAACAUUGAUGAGAUUGGCGUGAUCCCGUGUCCAGAGGCACGCUACAACCGCAGUCCCAUUUUGUUGGUGGAGAACAAGCUGGGUGUUGAGAGCUGGUGUGUCAAGUUCCUGCUGCCGUAUGUCCACAACAAGCUGCUGCUCUACCGCCAGCGCAAACACUGGCUGGAGAGGGAAGCUUUAGCGGACAUCACCUGCACUGUGUUGCUGCUUAACCCGGACUUCACCACCGCCUGGAAUGUCAGGAAGGAGCUAUUGCAGUGUGGAGUUCUUAACCCAGAGAAGGACCUCUACCUGGGCAAACUCGCCCUCACCAAAUUUCCCAAGAGCCCAGAGACGUGGAUACACCGACGCUGGGUGCUGCAGCAGAUCCUGCGUCAGUUCUCUGCUGUGGGCCGCAGCGGGAAGCAUCAGCAGGAUGAAGCCGAGCAGGCUGACGCAGAGAGGAGCCAGCAGCUCAGUGAUCAUCUCUCCAGAACGCUCCAUCAAGAGAUGAAAGUAUGCUCUGAUGCUGCCUGCCGCUAUCCCAGCAACUACAAUGCCUGGUCCCACCGCAUCUGGGUAUUGCAGCACAUGGCCAAGGGCAACGUCAAGGUUUUCCAUGAAGAGCUGUCCUCUAUGCGUCUGUGGGUGUCCAUGCAUGUGUCUGACCACAGUGGCUUCCACUACCGCCAGUUCCUGCUCAAGGAGCUGAUCACUGAGCUCUCCCAGACUCCAGCUUCCAUCACCAGUUCACCCCAGCACAGGUGCAGCACAGUCCCUAGCAGCAGUCCCCAGCAUCACAGCCACAGCCAGGCUAAUGGGGAGCUGUCAGGUGCAGAGGCAGCAGGUGAGGAGGAGAGGCAGCUCAACUACACUACAGUCCUUCAGCUCUUCCACCAGGAGAUGGAGCUGUGCUCAGACUUGAUCCAGUCUUUCCCUGGUCACGAGACACUCUGGAGUCACAGGCGGCAUGUCUUCUACUUGUGGCACCACUGGAGGAGGGAACACCAGAACCACUGCAGCAGCAACGGAGGCAGCAAUUCGGUCCACCUUAACAACAGUGACCCAGUCCUGCCAGACAUCGCUGUUCAAAGCUGUACAGGCAGGGGGGAGAGUGUGAAUGGACAAAGGCAUGCUACUGAAGCUAUGGAAGUAGAUGGGGCGGCCUUGCCAGACCCACGUGACAGCAAGCGACUUAAGAGAGGAGUCCUGCUGCCCAGCCCCCCCGCCCUGCCCUCUGAGCACAGCUUCGUGAGCGGUAUCCUGGACAGCUGCUCUAGCCCUGAGCAGAGACGUUUUGCCCUGGCAUAUAAGAAGUGGUUAGACACUGUCAUUGGUCAGCAGCCUUGAGAGAGGGAGAGGAACAGUAAGCCCCAUCAAUCUUUCUCAACAUUGAAGUUGCCUUUAGACACAGAUUUAGAAUCAGCUUACCUACCUGUAGUGCUGACUUUAACUAAUAGUGCUUCAGAUGCAGUGAUGACUUUAGAAAGCAGUCAUGGUUCAGCGUGGUAACCAUCCUGUUCUCCUGGCAGUGAGUAGAGAGGACGGGGUUUUAGAGUCAGGACAUUUUGACGACACCCAGUGUGUUCUUCGUCAGAAACAUCUGGAUUCUCUUGAGCUUCAUCUGAGCCAGUACCCCUUCAGAAUGGAAAUCUGCACACAUAUAAAGCCUGUUGGCUCACUAUGUGUCUGUUGGUAGAUUCUGCUCUUAUUUCAGGUGUCUCAAUGCCUCAGGUCAAAUUGCCACUGCUUUUUUUUAAUGCCAAUUUGGCAUUCUUCAGCACAUCAUUCAUUCUUCAUUUCUGAUCAAAUAUUUCAACAAAGAAACUAAAUGAAGCCGCCACAGGAGGAAGAACAAUGUCUUUGCAGAGGUGAGAGCAGAGCAGAAUUUACACUGAGUCUGUCUCACCAGAAAUCACAGGUUUUAUUACAAAAUGGCCAGUAUUGUAUACAUAAACAAGACAUUUGAUAAUAAUAUGAAAUAAAUAGUUGAGUGAAUAAAUAUUUUAGAAUAUAUAAAUGACCCAAUAAAUGGUGACAUAAUAAAUGAUCAAAACUCAGUUAAUUAUCAUGAAGUGUUAUGUCAUCAUUCUUAUUUGAACAAUAAAAGUUUUAUUGGAGUUCAUUUUUUAUUUCAAAUUUCCUGUCAUUUCAAAAGUCUAUUUUCAUAAGUGAUAUCAGUCCGUCUAGGAUGUUUGCAAUGUUGUGAUCACAACAUUGGCGCAAAUUCAGCAUUGGCGCAAAUUCAGCCAGUCCCCAUGCAUUAUACACCACCUUGCAAUUUUGCCCAGUCACUGCAACUUUACUGCAAAUUUGACUUUUUAAACCAGAUAAAAUAUAAUUUCACUCUGAAGCUGCAUGGAGCUAAUCGAUUUGCUCAACCCCUCUCUGUUUAUCAUGAGACUGCUGCUGCAGGACGGGAGCUCUGUGCCUGGGACAGAGUCACACACACACACACACACACUGACAGGGCUAAUUGUUAGCAUAUCAUGGCUAACAUUACCCUUCAGUUAACAAGUUUAAUAACAGAGCUGAACUGUCUCGGUGUCAGUGUGAGAUUAACGGCUCGGUGUCAGAUGUUAAUAGCUGCUGCGGGGUUUCUGCCCAAAUGGCAAAAUAUGACAAGCAGAGAUGACUGUCAUUGUGCUGUAUUAGCACAUCACAGUGUUAGUCCGUCAGCGCUGUGUCGAACGGCAGAAAUCUGUUACAGUCGGCGACCCCGCAUCAUCAUAAAUAGAUUCUAAUUCUGUGGGAAACGGUGAAUGCUCAUAAUAAUAAGCUCAGAAUCUGUGACAGCAUCACAACUAUUUUUGCAAUUUCUAUUUGGCCCUUUAAUUUCAGUGCAAAUAAACACCUGAAAACAUUGCAAGGGUUGCAAUGCAUCACAAUUUUUUUUUUUUUUUUACAAAAAGCUGCCAUAAAGUCAGACCUUUCAGGCCACAGCAAUCCCAAAAACAGCCCGAGAAAUCCUGGAGGGACUCUGAUAUGCUGAAAGCUGAGUGGGCGGGGAGUUGCGACAACAAUAAUGUCAUGAAAAGUGACAAUGGGAAAAUGCCAUUAUUGAAUAAAAAUACAUUUAAAAGUGGCAUUUUCAGCUUUAAUGUAGGACAAAUUAUUUUCAAUACAAAUUGUUACUAUACAAGUGAGAAAUAUCAUGAUCAAUAAUGAUGAUAUUAUUAUUAUUAUUA